AUGUCUUGCCCACAUCUCGAGUCUCUUGCAUUAACCCCUCCGACUCCUGCUCAGUCUGUGUAUCGAGAAGACUGUACCCAGUGCUUUGACUCCAUAGAUGAACCAACGGGCCUCGAUGUCUGCCUUCAGUGUUUCAACGGCGGCUGUGCCGGUGACCGCUUGCAUUCAAAACUUCACAGCGCGAUCCGAAGUCAUCCUCUGUCGCUCAACAUCCGCCGAACCCGAAAAGUUGUCGUUCGAGACGAACCGCCCCCCAAAAUCUCCAAGCUAGCCAUCGCUGCCGAGUCUGAACAAGAUCGAUACGAUACUGCCCUUGCUGUAAAAUGCCUCGAGUGCAAUACCGAGCUCGAUAUUACAGACGUAAAGCUGGCACCAGUUGUAGAUGGUGUCAUGAAAGCAAACACCUUCUCACGUAAGGAGGAGGUGAAGGCCUGGGAACAGGAACUUACGAGUUGCGAGCAUAUUUUGCUUAUGCAGCAGCAUGAGUCUCGCAAGAUUGAACAGGGCCAGCUCGGUCACUGCUCGGGUUGCGACUUGAGAGAAAACCUCUGGCUGUGCCUAGAGUGUGGGAACCUGGGCUGCGGCCGUAGGCAAUUGGGGGGAGUGGAUGGAAACUCCCAUGCACUGGCUCAUUCCACAGAGUCUGGCCACGGCGUAGCUGUGAAACUGGGUUCCAUCACACCUGAAGGCACAGCGGACAUUUACUGCUACAAGUGCGACGACGAACGGAUCGACGACAACCUGGGUCAGCACCUGGCUCAUUGGGGAAUCAAGCUAGCCGAACGACAAAAGACGGAAAAGAGCUUGACGGAGAUGCAAAUUGAGCAAAACCUCAAAUGGGACUUUAGCAUGACCACUGAAGAUGGAAAGGAGCUCAAGCCACUGUUCGGGCCUGGCCUGACGGGUCUAAAAAACUUGGGUAAUAGUUGCUAUUUGGCAAGCAUCACUCAAUGCCUUUUUGACAUGCCAGCAUUCUGCGACCGCUACUUUCGACCAAACGAUGAUUUGCCGAUUGUGGAAGACCCCGCGACUGACCUGGAGACUCAGCUCCGAAAGAUGGGAGACGGUCUAUGGUCCGGGCGGUAUUCUAAGCCUGAUGCUGAUCUGUCCACGGAAACACAGGUUCAUCACCAAAAAGGGCUGGCACCGGCAAUGUUGAAGCACCUGAUUGGACGUGGUCAUGAGGAAUUUUCGACCAUGAGACAGCAAGAUGCAUUUGAACUCCUCCAACAUCUCUUCAAGCUCAUUACUAGAUCACAGCACCCCGGUCAUCUCAAGGAUCCAACUGCGCCAUUCAGAUUCGUCCUGGAACAAAGGCUUCAGUGUCUAAGGUGCAAUAAGGUUCGUUAUACUGUUAACGAGCAGGACAGCGUCUUCAUCGACGUUCCCCUAGAGAAAAUUCCUGCAGCAGAGGGGGUCGAGGAUGCCGCCGAACAGUAUAGGCCAGUCACACUCAAACAGUGUCUCGACAACUUGACCGCGGCUGAAAAGGUCGAUUUGACAUGCGCAGCUUGCGGAAGCACCGACGGAUUCAGCAAACAAUCACUGUUCAAGACAUUCCCCGAGAUUCUGGUUGUGAAUGCUCGUAAAAUGACGGUAGUUAAUUGGGUUCCGAUUAAGGUCGAUGUACCAGUUCUUGUACCCGAUGAGCCCUUCUUACUUGAUGGAUACUUGUCAAAGGGCUUGCAGCCUUCUGAAGAGGAAUUGCCAGAGGAGCCCGAAACCCAAACCCCCGCCUUUGUGCCCGAUGCCACAGCCCUGGCUCAGUUGGAAGGCAUGGGAUUCCCACUCAAUCGCUGCGAGAAGGCCUUGCAUGCCACUGGGAACUCGGAUGCCAAUGCAGCUAUGGAGUGGCUGUUUAGCCAUAUGGAGGAUCCUGAUAUUGACGCCCCUCUAAAUCUUGGUGGCCAAGGAGGAGGGUCUGGAGAUACUGCCGAUCCCGAGAAGAUUGAGAUGCUCGGUGCCAUGGGCUUCGGCGCUCCGCAGGCUAAGAGGGCACUGAAGGAGACUGGUGGUGACAUGGAGCGUGCUGUUGAGUGGCUCUUUAGCCAUCCAGAUGACCAAGGCAUUUUGGAAGAGGAGGGUGCCGGCUCUAAUGAGCCAGCUCCUUCCAAGGAGCCGGCUGGGCGUGCUACGCUUCCCGCGCAGUUCCAGCUUCAAUCCAUCGUGUGUCACAAGGGAACAAGUAUCCAUGCCGGUCAUUACGUGGCCUUCAUUCGAAAACAAUUAGAGGGCCACCAGGCUCCUAGUUGGGUACUCUUCAAUGACGAGAAGGUUGUCGAAGCAACUGAUAUUGAUGAGAUGCGGAAGUUUGCGUACGUCUAUUUUUUCAAGAGGGUGUAA